AUGGCCAGCAAGGCGCAAGCUCGCGCUUUCCAACGGGCCUGCCGGCUCCGUCUUCGCAGGGCGAAUAGUGGUGUUACAAGCUCCACGGCUGGCUUCCUCGAGUUCUCACCCCGUCCCGGCAGUCUCGUGCCUGAACGGGUCGCAUGCGUGAACCUUCUGGAGGUCGUUCGAUCCGCGUCGUGCCUUUCUGAACAUCGUCGCAGCCUGCCGUCGACGCACCGGGCGCAAUCGCGUCACGCGAGCACGAGCUCCAGCUCCGGUCGACGGGCCGUCACCGUCACCACGGACGAUGGCCGGUAUACCUGGAACGAGCUGAGCGCGGGCGAAAAGGCCGCGCGGGGGACCCAGCAGACGUUCAAUUUCGUGCUCGUCUCGCUGGGUCUUGUUGGAACAAUCACGAUCAUCUACCUCCUCUACACCGACCUCUUCUCCCCGACCUCCUACACAAUCCAAUUCAACGCCGCCGUCUCCCGCAUCCGCGCCUCCCCCGAAUGCCGCGCCCUUUUGGGUCCCGCAUCCCAAAUAAAAGCCUACGGCGAACCCACCUCCAACAAAUGGGCCCGCGCCCGGCCCCUAGCGCACUCCACGGAGGUCGACCGUUUCGGCACCACGCACUUUCGAAUGCACUUCAACGUCGAGGGCACGGAGAGUGGGGUCAUGGGGGUUGUGACCGUGCACAUGACGAAACCGAAGGACGGGGAUAGGUUGGAGUAUGAGUUGUUGAGUCUAAGUGUGAAGGGGCAUGAGACUGUGUAUUUGGAGAAUAGGGACAAGGAGAGGGGAGUCAAGGCGAAAGCCGCGAAGAUGUUUGGUGUGCAGUGGCGGUGA